UGCGAUGCCUAAAGGAGGGAGAAAGGGAGGCCACAAAGGCCGGGCGAGGCAGUAUACGAGCCCUGAGGAGAUCGACGUGCAGCUGCAGGCUGAGAAGCAGAAGGCCAGGGAAGAAGAGGAGCAAAAAGAAGGUGGAGAUGCGGCUGCAGGUGACCCCAAAAAGGAGAAGAAAUCUCUAGACUCAGAUGAGAGUGAGGAUGAAGAAGAUGACUACCAGCAAAAGCACAAAGGCAUUGAAGGGCUCAUCAACAUCGAGAACCCCAACCGGGUGGCACAGACAACCAAAAAGUUCAUACAACUGGAUCUGGAUGGGCCAAAGGAGCUUUUGAGGAGAGAACGAGAAGAGAUUGAGAAGCAGAAGGCAAAAGAGCGUUACAUGAAAAUGCACUUGACCGGGAAGACAGAGCAAGCCAAGGCUGACCUGGCCCGGCUGGCCAUCAUCCGGAAACAGCGGGAGGAGACUGCCUGGAAGAAGGAAGAGGAAAGGAAAACAAAAGAUGUGCCACAUUGUCAGGAAAACGAAAGCAGUCGCUCUCCCUGAAUAAGUAACCACAACCCAUGGGAGGAGAUGCCGGGGACCUGGGCCGCGCUGCCAGGACCUCUGCUGUGUCUCGCCCGCCCUGUGCCCUGGCGCCGCUGCAACAGCCCCUCAUGGCCAGGAGCCCUCCAUGGCCUGGGGCCUCCUCUUCAUCUUGGCACGGAAA